UGAAUAACUUCCCACCGCUCCCCAAGUUCAUCCCCCUGAAGCCAUGUUUCUACCAGGACUUUGACGCUGAGAUCCCGCCGCAGCACCGCACCAUGGCCAAGCGGCUCUACUACCUCUGGAUGCUGAACAGCAUCACCUUGGCGGUGAAUCUCGUUGGCUGCCUCGCAUGGCUGAUUGGAGGCGGCGGAGCUGUUAAUUUGGGACUGGCAAUUCUCUGGCUCAUUCUCUUUACGCCCUGCUCCUAUGUCUGCUGGUUUAGACCUAUUUACAAAGCUUUCAAGACAGACAGCUCCUUCAGCUUCAUGGCUUUCUUCUUCACCUUCAUGGCCCAGUUGGUUAUCAGCAUCAUCCAGGCCGUGGGGAUUCCUGGAUGGGGUGUCUGUGGCUGGAUUGCAGCAAUCUCCUUCUUUGGGACCAACGUGGGGUCGGCUGUGGUGAUGCUGAUCCCCACCAUCCUGUUCACAGGGAUGGCAGUCUUCUCCUUCAUCGCCCUCACUAUGGUGCACAAGUUCUACAGGGGGAGUGGUGGGAGCUUCAGCAAAGCUCAGGAGGAGUGGACCACAGGAGCCUGGAAGAACCCACACGUGCAGCAAGCAGCGCAGAACGCAGCCAUGGGGGCUGCACAGGGGGCCAUGAUGCAGCAUGAGACGCAGUACUCGGCCACCCCCAACUACACCUACUCCAAUGAGAUGUGAGCAACGGGGCUGCAGCCUCGGGAAGAAGCACUGGGGGGGGAAGGAGGAGGAGGAGGAGGAAGGCUGAGCUGAGUUCCUGCAGCUGUUUCAGAAAACUAAAGUGUACCACAUUCUUCUUUCCCUCUUCUUUGUAACAGAACCUGUCUUUUCUUUUUUACCUUUUCCCCCCAUCAUCACCUCAAGCUCUUCUUUUCUCCCUCUUUUUAUUUCUCACGUUGAAGAGGCUGUGAGUUGACCUGCAGGAUUCCCAUUGUGCGUAGUAGUACGUGUUAUGUUCCUGUAUUCUUUUCCCUGUGAAAUAGUGCACGGUGGUGGUUUAUUAUUACUGUGGUGAUAGGUGUGUUAGAACUACAUCAGCCAAAAGCCCUCCCUUACCCCCAAAAAAAGGGAAAGAUUAAAGAAUAGUGACCAGCACCCAUCUCCUCUCUAAAUAAGAGCUGAACUCCAGGUUUUCUAUGUGAGUUUUCUUUCACUUGGUAGUGUCCAGCCAUUUGCCAAUGUCUCAGCAAGGGCAAGCAAUCCUGGGAAUUCUCCUUUCCUACUUUCUAAUGAGCAGGUGGCUAUUUUAGCCAUUAAAAAUAUGGCUGAUGUAGCAGAUAAAGAAAAAUGAAUGAAUGAAAGAAAGAAAAAGAGGAGGAAAAAAACCCUUCAAUCCUGCUGUUGACAUGCUGGAAGCCAAGAGAUUCCUAACCCACCCCCUGGCUCAGGAUCUCCACCUUCUCUCAGUGCGUGGUGUUGUAAAUGGGUAGUUGACAUUUUGCAGUAUUACUUUGGCGUGGCUGUGGAUGAGAGCUGUGACACGCUGUGUGUGUGUGUUGGGAAGUGAGGACAGGUUUUUCCCCCUUAGGGUGGUGACUUUGCAUCCUGAACCUGUUUUCUAAUGGCUUCUGUUUUGAAACUGUUAAACUAGCGGUGUGUUUCUUGCAGGACCUAUUCUUGGUCAAGACUUGAGUAAUAAGCCCCAUUGAUUCUGGACAGCAAGGCUGAGAUGUGUCCCUGUUGGUUGCUGGGACACGUGCUAACCUGCAGCUCCUUGUGGAAGCUCUGGGCUGGGGGGAGCAAUUCCUUCUUGCUCCUGCUCCUAUAAAGUGUGGAGAAACCUGUCUGCAUUGGGAUGCAAGGGUGAGAUCUCCUGGUCCACCAGCCUCAAAACCUUACCCUCUAUGGGGAGGCUGGGCUUCCAACAAGGGUCUUGCAGGUUAGUAGAAGGCAGCAGAGCUCCAUUUAUAAAUGGAGCAGAGGGGCAACAUGGGGCAGGAGGAGGGAAAGCUCCUCAGAGAUGCUUUUCAGACUCUACAUGCACUUUAAACAGGCCAUUUUUUUCCCCCUUCUAACUCAUAGAAAAGCAGCCCAAAGGGGGAACGCAGCCUCUCUGCUCCUGCUCCACCUGCCCCACAGGGCAUCUGUGCAGCAACAUUGAGAUGUGAAAUUUGCCCAUGGGAAUUACACCAAACUUGGGUUUAUUUCCUUCCAGCCACGCACACCAAGAAUAGUUUCCUUGCUAAGGAUAUCACUCUUGAUGAGACUAAAAUGCAGCUAAUGAUGGAAACGCCUGUCUGCGUGUACGUGUGUGUGUAUAUAUAUGUAUAAACUGUAAGGAGAAAAGUCAUCCUUUGCUGAGCCUAUUAUGUACUUAAUCAGGUUUCAAUAUUGUGCAAUUCAUUUCUAGCUAGCUUAAAACUUACUCUGCCAAAUCACGUGCUCUGUCAUCCGUGUCUGCAAAGCGAUGAAUGAAGUGACUUCACCUUCUAUUUAAGCCGCAUAAACUGUAACCAGCUGUAACUAACAGACAUUGCUUCAGCACCUCA